AUGAGUUUAUCACGACGAGGAUUCAGUACUGUGACUGGUCUUCGAAAUGGUGGUCUACACAUGUUUCUUCCCAAUGAAACACAAUAUGUGUUCAAAGGAGAAAGAUUGACCCCACAAGAGAACAUUAGGGCUAUACCCUCGAAACCACCACUUCAACCCCAAGUUAAGAAGUUUUAUAAUGAUAUCACGAGACCGGAUCAGACUGGUGAUGUUAUUAAACGGUUCACAUUGACAGAUGUCAUCACUACUUGUCUUGCUAGCAAUAGUUUGGUAGACGUAGUCAAAGGUGACGGUGGUGCUGGCAUUGAACUUUAUUUCACUCCAGUGGUAACCAAAUGGAUGAAUGAUUUCAAUAACUUGGUGUUACCCCUCGAAGAUAUAUCAAGUACCGAACCACCUACAUUCUAUAGAUAUAAGGCUAUAGAGGAUUUACAGUUGGAAGUCCCUCCAGAAGGCAUAACUAGUCAAUGGUUGAAUGAGAUUAUCUCAUCCAAUAAGAUUGUACACAACAGUACACUUAUACUACAGGGGAAGCUUUUACCUAUGGAAGCAACCAAGUUACCCACGUUUGAACUGUUGAUGUUUUGGUUACUUAGUCAUGAAACUAUAGGAGGUCUGAACAAUAAUAUAACGGUGCUAAUGUCUUUCAUUGAACAACACUUUGAUCUCAUUCCACUGGCAUCACUUGAGACGAUGGUCGAUUGUUUGGUUCAUUAUAUCCACGGGUUGGAAAUAGUUGACAAAGGCACUUUUGAGCACUUCAAUACCAUAGUGCAGCAUGCCCUUGUAAUUAAUGCCAGUUUGUACACUAAGAUGUCACCCAUAAUGGCUGAUACCCUUGCCUUUGAGUACAUUAGAGGGAACAACGUGCAAGCUGCAAGACAAGUCUUGAUAUCAUUGGUCCAAGACGCUAAGCUUGCACCUACACCAUCCACUGUCGAUGCUUUCUUGAAGACAUGUUUUGCGGAGGAUGUAUCAUUCUUGAAACCGGUAUUCUUCCAUCGGAAUAGCAUGACUCCGGACGUUAUUCUGUUUUUAAUAACCCAUAGAGUUCAUAGCGUAUCCGACUUGAAUAAGUUAGUGGAGUUAUUGGAAUCAUAUCAUGGUAAGGAGACCCUUAACCAAUAUCAAUACCAGUUAUUCGAGUGUCUUUGUCGAUUGCCUAUUACGGAAGUGCACUUGACUCAAAUGAUCAAACGUUUGGUGAUAGAAAACUCAGUUAAGUUGAAUGAUCUGGUGAUUGAGUUGAUUGAUAAUCAAUACAGUUCAUUGAAUAGUCAUCAGUCCUUAAGUAAAAUAUUGUAA